AUGGGCCUACUCAAAUUCGUGUGGAUUCCCGCCAUCGCUGUGGUAAUCGCGUUUUUUAUCGACAAUUUGCCGAAUCAUCCGGUUCACGUCGACGAAAAUGGCUAUUUUGGAGCUGGAAAACACGUGAAAGACGAUCCGACGAUUCGCGAGUUCAAAAUCGGCGUCGGCAAUGAGACGAUUGAAGACCUUAAAAGGAGACUGAAGGCUUCUCGCAUUUCGCAUGAAGUCCUUGAAGACUCCAACGAUUUCUACUAUGGAUUCAAUGCCAAUCAUUUGAAGAAAUUGCGAGACUAUUGGCUGACCAAAUACGAUUGGCGGCAAUUUGAGGCGAUUUUGAAUCAAUUUCCGCAAUUCAAAACGCAAAUUGAAGGGAUUCAGGUGCAUUUUAUUCGCGCGAAACCGCCGAAAUCGUAUAAGACCGUGAAACCGCUGUUGUUGUCGCACGGAUGGCCGGGAAAUGUGUUCGAGUUCUACAAGUUCAUUCCAAUUCUAACUGAUCCGAAAAAGCAUGGAAUCAACGUCGAUUACGCUUUCGAGGUGAUCGCGCCGAGCAUUCCCGGCUAUGGAUGGUCGGAAUCGCCGAAGAAGACGGGAUUCUCGCAAUUGGCUUGCGCUCGCGUCUUCCGAAAACUGAUGAAUCGGCUCGGAUUCGACAAAUUCUACAUGCAGGGCGGCGAUUGGGGUGGAAUUGUCAAUAUGCUCAUCGCAAAAGCCUGGCCUGAGAGUGUCGUCGCGUUGCAUCUCAACAUGAUUCCAAUAAUGCCGGGAAGCAGCAUCGUCGGAACCUUCAUCGACAUUGUCGGCUCAUUUUUCCCAUCGGUGUUCUUUUCGUCGCCUACUUUGAGCAAAUCGCAUAAUUUCUUUACGAAAGCGUUGAAUCUGAUUGCCGAGACCGGUUAUAUGCAUAUUCAGGCGACCAAGCCGGAUACUGUAGGAACCUCGCUGAACGACUCGCCGCUGGGUCUCGCCGCGUACAUCAUCGAGAAAUUCUCGACAUGGACCAACAUCGAUUAUCGAGCGUUUCCUGAUGGCGGUUUGAAUAAAAAAUUCACGAAUGAUGAGCUUUUGACGAUUGUGAUGAUCUACUGGACGAAUGGAAAUAUUGUGGCGUCGCAGAGAUUCUAUCGCGAGUUCUUCCUCGACAAAACGAUCAAGGCGUUUGAGAAGCACUACGUCUCAAUUCCAACAGGCCACGCCAGUGCAAUAAAUGAGCUGUACGAUCUGUGUCCCGUUGAGGUCUCGAGUCGAUUGUUCAACAUUACGCACUACACCGAAAUCGACAUGGGUCACUUUGCCGCAUUUGAGCAACCAAAAUUAUUGGCUCAAUCUCUAUUCAAAUUUGUCAGCGAUUUAGAAUAG